AUGACGGACGAAGCUAGCUUGUCGAAGCUCAAGGUAGCAGAGCUCAAGGAGCAACUCAGCGCACUGAGCCUUCCUACCACGGGAGUAAAAGCAGAGCUCGUCGCCCGACUCGCAGCCCAUCAUGCUGAAGCAAGCAGCAAGAGCGUACCCGCGACCUCCACCGUAGCGUCUGCCAGUCCGGACAAGCCAGAAGCGAAGAAGGAGACCGCCGCCGCGACAGAGCCCGCGUCUGUCGCAACAGAGCCACCCAAACCUGCAGCGUUGAGCGAGGAGGAGAAGCAAGCGAGGAUUGAUGCAGAGUUGGCAGCGAGAAAAGCACGCGCAGCACGCUUCGGCUUGCCUGAGCCAGAGGCAGACGCUCUCAAGGCGCGCGCUGAGAGGUUUGGUACAGCCAAGGCAUCUGCAGACGGCGGCGAAAGCAAGAGUGUAUCGCAAAUCGAUGAGGCUCUGGCGGGUGGUCGCAAACGCAAAGCAGGACAGGGCAAGGCCGCGACGAAUGGGGAAGCUACCAAGACAGAGGGACCCGCGAAGGAUGCCAAAAAGGUGAAGAAGCAAGAGGCAAAGCCAGUCAGCAGCACCACAGAGGCCAAGAAGCCAGCAUACGUACCUGACGCGGCGGAGCUGGAGAAGAUGAGGAAACGAGCAGAACGAUUUGGCACCGAAGAAAAGGUAAAUGUUUCAGCUUAG